AUGGCAACCGGAAUCGAAAUCGUCGGGCUAGCUCUUGCCAUCUUCCCGGUUCUGGUGGAAGGGCUCAGAUUCUACGAAAAGGAGAAAGGGACGGUUCAGGACCUACUGCAUUACCGAAGAGUUCUAAAGGGGCACAUGCGUGACUUGCAGCGAGAGCAGCUGAGCUUUCGAAAUUCGUGCCGGCUAUUUCUUGAAGAUGUAGCGCUUCGAUCCGAUCUCGAUGCGGAGGAUAUAGAGCCGAUGAUGCAGGACAAGGACGAUGCGCGCUGGAAGCAGGGCGCCUGGCUAGAGCCAAAUGUCCUUGAUCUAGAAUCGGUCCAGGGCUACCUUGAAACAGUAGUGCAAAUGAAGGAGUUAUUGACUAGGAUUAGAGACCGUCUCGGGAUUCGAGCAAAUUCGUCUCCAGAGAUCCUCGAUAAGAAAACCCGCCGUCGGCAGUGGAAAAUAAUCAAAAUGGUUAUUACAGGAGACGAAAUCACAGAGCAUCUGAGAGAAGCAACUAGACUCAAUGUAUUUCUUGCCCAGUUGACAGCGCAGACACGCCCUGCUGCUCCACCCCGCCGCUCCCAUCGAAGGCACACGAGACACUACAAGAAAAUCCGAAGUGACGCGAUGGAUCUGUGUCAUAUGCUGAAGCUCAAGUUUCCGACUCCUCCAUCCUGCACCUGCGCCCUACCACACCAAGUCAACAUGCGACUUGAAUUUCGGAACGCAAAGACGGCAAAAACGGCAACCUCCUUUCACACGGUCUUCACACUCAAACCAUCCAGCUCCUGCAACCGCGCAUCAAUUCCUUGGCGGGAAAUGGAGCUUCAACACUGUGUCACUGACAAGCCACCACCGCCUGUACCCGCAAAUCAAAACGCGAACGUAUCUCAGCAGAAGAGUACUAUGAAGUCCGGCAAGAACUCCGUCAAGAAGGUCGGAUUCGUCAAUCUGCAUGCCCAGACUCCCCUCGAUGCAAAAUGCAAGGAGAUUCAGGACCUUUGCAUAUUCAUGGCUCAAAACAAAACUUCGACGGACUGGAUAGGCUUCAUCACCGAUGGGCAGACCAAGAAGCACCUUCUCCGCGAUAUCCACAAGAACCAUGUUCUCGCGAGCUCUAGAAACGCGCGCACAAUGUCACUCGCACAGGCACUUUCCCACAAGGCACCGAGCCGUGAACUGCGAUCAAAGCUCGGUCUGAAACUGGCCUCCUCGGUGAUGCAACUCCACUCGACUGAAUGGCUAGCCGACUCCUGGGGAGCAGAGAAUAUAUUCUUCUUAAAGGCUGCGGACGGGACUGCAGAUAUUACCAAUCCGCUCAUCCAGCGCAACUUCGGUACUAUUGACAAAAGCCCGCAGAUGUCCACAAAGCCUGUACCAUGUUUACCAUAUGUUCCCUGUCUUGUCUCGCUGGGCGUGAUCCUUCUCGAGAUAUGGUAUUGGAAGCCAUUCAGUGCUCUCAAAACUGAUAAUGAAAUGUCAAUAGCUUCCCAGGCGCCGGUGUACUCUGAUCAGAUAGCUGCUGGUCGUCUUGUUACAUCUAUGGACGACGCAGGACCGAGGUACAUUAGUGCCGUAAAGAGAUGUAUCUUCGGUCUAGACGGAGCAUACAACUCGCUUGAAGAGGACAAAUUCCAGGGCGAAGUGGAUGAGAAAAUCGUCUUUCCGCUGGAAGAACAUCUCCAGUUCUUUUGCGGCAAGACCACAAUCGAAGAGUGCUUCUGA